AUGGCACAAGAAUCAGAACCAAUGGCAAACGGCCGCCGUGGCCAGCCCCUAGACCUCACCGUGCUUGGAAUGAACAGCGGCACGUCUAUGGACGGCAUUGACUGUGCGCUGUGCCACUUCCGGCAGGAGACGCCCGGCUCGCCGAUGCACUUCUCCCUGCUGAAGUACGGCGAGAUCCCCAUGGACCUGGAGCUGAAGAAGCGCGUCCUGUCCAUCAUCAAGCACGACAAGACGUCCGCGUCCGAGCUGUCCGAGGUCAACGUUCUCCUGGGGGAGGUAUUCGCGGCGGCGGCCAUCGACUUCUGCGAGGCCAACGGCGUCGACAUCAAGACGCUAGACGCCAUCGGCUCGCACGGCCAGACGAUCUGGCUUGCGAGCAUGCCGGACAAGGGCGUUCCCCGAUCGGCGCUGACCAUGGCCGAGGGCACCAUCAUCGCCUCUCGCACGGGCGUGACGACAGUGACCGACUUCCGCGUGUCGGACCAGGCGGCGGGGCGGCAGGGCGCGCCGCUGAUCGCCUUCUUCGACGCGCUGCUGCUGCAUCACCCGGGCAAGCUGCGGGCGUGCCAGAACAUCGGUGGCAUCGCCAACGUGUGCUUCGUCCCGCCCGAAGGCCCCGACCGCGCCUAUGACUUCGACACCGGGCCGGGCAACGCGCUCAUCGACGCCGUCGUGCGCCACUACACGCACGGCGAGCGCGAGUACGACAAGGACGGCGAGAUGGGGAAGCGCGGGACGGUCGACCAGGACAUGGUCGACCGCUUCCUGGCCCGGAUCCCCUACUUCCGCUGGGACCCGCCCAAGACGACCGGCCGCGAGGUCUUCCGGGACACGCUGGCCGACGACUUGAUCCGGGAAGGGGCCGAGCGGGGCCUGAGCGCGGACGACGUGGUCGCGACUGUGACGCGGAUCACGGCGCAGGCCAUCGUCGACCACUGGCGCCGGUACGCGCCGCGGGACCGUGAGGUCGACGAGGUCUUCAUGUGCGGCGGUGGGGCCUACAACCCCAAUAUCACCGAGUAUAUGAGGGAGCAGUUCCCGCACGUCAAGAUGUUCACGCUGGACGAGGCCGGCAUUCCGGGAGGUGCCAAGGAGGCCGUCACCUUCGCCUGGCAGGGCAUGGAGGCCAUCGUCGGACGCAGCAUUCCCGUGCCGGACCGUGUCGAGACCCGCAGGCUGUAUGUCUUGGGGAAGGUCAACCCCGGCGCGAACUACCGGACCGUGAUGAGGAAGGGCAUCUUGUUUGGGAAAGGGCUGCCGGAGCUGGAGCCGGUUAGGGAGAUGGUGAACUAUGUGAACGGCGAGGUUUUUAGUAAUAGGUGGUAG